AUGUCUGGCAUGCAGCGACAGUUGAAGGAUGAUAUGGAGGAAGUGAUAUUUCACCUUGUGGCCGGACCCCGACUGGACCCCACUGGACCCCUACUGGACCCCUACUGGACCCCCACCGGACCCCUACUGGACCCCUACUGGACCCCUACUGGACCCCUACUGGACCCCUACUGGACCCCCACUGGACCCCUACUGGACCCCUACUGGACCCCACUGGACCCCUACUGGACCCCUACUGGACCCCUACUGGACCCCCACUGGACCCCUACUGGACCCCUACUGGACCCCCACUGGACCCCUACUGGACCCCUACUGGACCCCUACUGGACCCCCACCGGACCCCUACUGGACCCCUACUGGACCCCCACUGGACCCCUACUGGACCCCUACUGGACCCCUACUGGAACCCUACUGGACCCCUACUGGACCCCCACCGGACCCCUACUGGACCCCUACUGGACCCCCACUGGACCCCACUGGACCCCACUGGACCCCUACUGGACCCCUACUGGACCCCCACCGGACCCCUACUGGACCCCUACUGGACCCCUACUGGACCCCCUACUGGACCCCUACUGGACCCCCACUGGACCCCUACUGGACCCCUACUGGACCCCCUACUGGACCCCACUGGACCCCACUGGACCCCUACUGGACCCCCACUGGACCCCACUGGACCCCCACUGGACCCCUACAGGACCCCUACUGGACUCCACUGGACCCCUACUGGACCCACACUGGACCCCACUGGACCCCUACUGGACCCCUACUGGACCCCCACCGGACCCCUACUGGACCCCCACCGGACCCCUACUGGACCCCUACUGGACCCCCACCGGACCCCUACUGGACCCCUACUGGACCCCCACUGGACCCCUAUUGGACCCCCACUGGACCCCACUGGACCCCUACAGGACCCCUACUGGACUCCACUGGACCCCUACUGGACCCCUAUUGGACCCCUACUGGACCCCCACUGGACCCCUACUGGACCCCCACUGGACCCCUAUUGGACCACUACUGGACCCCUACUGGACCCCCACUGGACCCCUUCUGGACCCCUACUGGACCCCCACUGGACCCCCACUGGACCCACACUGGACUCCUACUGGACCCCUACUGGACCCCCACUGGACCCCUACUGGACCCGUACUGGACCCCCACCGGACCCACACUGGACCCCCACUGGACCCCCACUGGACCCCUACUGGACCCCCACCGGACCCCCACUGGACCCCUACUGGACCCCCACCGGACCCACACUGGACCCCCACUGGACCCCCACUGGACCCCCACUGGACCCCUACUGGACCCCCACUGGACCCCUACUGGACCCCCACUGGACCCCUACUGGACCCCUACUGGACCCCUACUGGACCCCCACUGGACCCCCACUGGACCCACACUGGACCCCUACUGGACCCCUACUGGACCCACACCGGACCCCCACUGGACCCACACUGGACCCCUACUGGACCCCCACUGGACCCCUACUGGACCCCUACUGGACCCCUACUCAACCCCUACUGGACCCCUACUGGACCCACACCGGACCCCCACUGGACCCACACUGGACCCCUACUGGACCCCUACUGGACCCCCACUGGACCCCUACUGGACCCCUACUGGACCCCACAGGACCCCUACUGGACCCCACUGGACCCCCACUGGACCCCUACUGGACCCCACUGGACCCCUACUGAACCCGUACUGGACCCCUACUGGACCCCCACUGGACCCACACUGGACCCCCACUGGACCCCUACUGGACCCCUACUGGACCCCACUGGACCCCUACUGGACCCCCACUGGACCCGUACUGGACCCCUACUGGACCCCUACUGGACCCCCACCGGACCCCCACUGGACCCCUACUGGACCCCCACUGGACCCCUACUGGACCCCUACUGGACCCCACUGGACCCCUACCGGACCCCUACUGGACCCCUACUGGACACCUACUGGACCCCUACCGGACCCCUACUGGACCCCUACUGGACCCCUACUGGACCCCUACUGGACCCCUACUGGACCCCUACUGGACCCCUACUGGACCCUUACUGGACCCCUACUCGACCCCUACUGGACCCCUACUGGACCCCUACCGCUGGCUGGUCGCUCCUCAGCUCUUUGUUGCCUUCUCCGGUUGUCUGUGGUCAUGUUGCCCUCAGGGACUGGCUACAAAGAGAUUUGAGAGCCUCGUCAAGCUCUUACUGCACUCUCACAGGGCCAUCAAAGUCAACCACAACCCCAUUAGUGGCGUUCUGGGAGAAAUCCCAUUUAAAAUAA